AAAAGCGAAGAAGCGGAUAGUGUGGCGGAACCAGACUGAACUAGCCGAGCAGCACGCCCGCGCCGCACUUCGCGUAUAUUAUGCGCACGCCUUCGCACUUCCGGUAUUUUCGCCAUCUUUCCAAUCGAUCAUAAUCGCUUCGGGGAAUCCUGCCGAUUGACUCAUAAAUUCUUUUCGUUUAAAGCCGCUUCCGCUGUGCCGACGCAAUUUUUAGAUACCACUAGGAACAGUGAAUUCCUUCGAAUUGUUCUGGACGCUCAGAAAGAUCGAGGAAAAAGUAUUGACAAUUGUUAGAAUUUUUACUGAGUUGAGUCGUCGUCUCGGAAAUUUCACCCGACUGUGUAGCGGUAAACAGCGUGACCGUACGUAGGCCUACUUUGUGCCGGUCAACAGCCCCACCGUAUUGCAGAGUGGACACGCUACUGAGACCAGUGCUCGGACUUCGAGAAUAAAGACGUUAUAUUUACACAGGUCUGGAGCGGCUGACAUGCUAUUAGUCAUCCCUCACCAUGCCUUAUGAAGGCACGCUCUAUGAGUUCCUUAGCGAGGUGGGCCUGCAGCAGUACCACCAGGAUUUCGUCAGCAAGCUUGGAGUGACGGCCAUCGAUCACCUUGCCUACGUCCAGGCAGAUGAUGUGUUCUCGUUGGGCAUGACCCUGCCUGAGUGGAGGCGGCUCCGAGCAUCAAUGAAGAAAGUCAAGAAGGGCAAAUUCAAACCUGGGAAGAAUGGAAAGGCAUCCAAGACCAAGCCAACCAUCGUCAGGGUGCCGUCUCAGCCCGGCACACCCACAGGAGGACACAUCAUCCCCGCCUCGGCCAUCAACAUCUUAGACAGGGAGCUGGGAAGAGGGGAGUUUGGCAAGGUGAUGCAGGGGAUAUGGACUGAUAAAGAUGGACAAAAGAUUCAAGUAGCUGUCAAGUGUCUGAGCUCAGAGCGGUUCUCGGCCGACAAGGCCCAAGACUUUGUCAAGGAAGCGGCCAUCAUGUACUCGCUGAAUCAUGAGAGUCUGGUCAAACUGUUUGGCGUGGUGCUGGAUGUGGAAACGUCACUGAUGCUGGUGACGGAGUUUGCCGCCCUUCGGUCUCUCCUAGAGAACAUCAAGCAGCCGACGCUGCGUGCCUCCUUCCCCAUCACCCUCCUGCUGGAGUUUGCCGCUCAGAUAGUCGACGCCAUGAGGUACCUUCACCUGUCCAACAUCAUCCACCGAGACUUGGCCACUAGGAACAUUCUACUCUUCGUGGAUGACGAUGGCACCAAGAAAGUCAAGAUCAGUGACUUUGGUCUGUCUCGGAGGUUGAUCCUCGGUGAGAACUACCGCAGUGAGAUGAAACCCAACUUGAAGCUGCCGCUAGCAUGGAUGCCAGUGGAAGCUCUGACUAAGCUGACCUUCACAAAAGCCAGCGACGUCUGGAGUUUUGGCGUGACCAUGUGGGAGAUGUUCACUUACGGUCGCCAGCCGUGGGCAACACAUACCGGAGAAGAGAUUUUGAAAGCAAUAGACAAGCCAGCAUUACAGCGACUGGAGAGACCCGAGGCCUGCCCCGUCAAGAUUUACGAAAUCCUCCAGAAGUGUUGGAAGCACGAACCGGAGAAGAGACCGAGCUUUGUUGAGAUUUGUGAAGAGUUACCAAAGGCCAAGCCAGAACAAGUCAAAGCCAUCACCCACUACAAACCUACCAAAGAUGGAGAGUUGGCCUACCGAGCCGAAGAUAUCAUCACUGUCUUAGAAUCAAAUGAGCAUUCCGGUAUCUGGUCUGGUAUCCUUUCCAGUGGCAAGAUAGGCACUUUCCUUCGAUGCAAUACGACCCUCAUGGGCAGCAGCAGCACCAGCGCUACCGGAGGGAGUAGGCUACGUCGGUGGAAGAGCGGGUUUAGAUCAGACAAGAGAGAUGCCAGGAAAAGUUGGCAUGGCCGAUUGACGACAGAUGCUAUUGGUACACCCAUGGGCGCCAGGCAUAUAUUCCACGUCGGGCCGGACGGCACGGUGCAAGGAGACGCAACAUUUGGUGGAGACUAUCGUACUCUUCCAGCAGACAACAAGGUCCGUCAGCCCUGGAGUAGCUCCUCCUCUGUCUCCUCGGCUUCCUCAGCCUCCACCCGUUCCCCUCCCCGCUCCCCCUACCGCCCUAACCCCCCACCCAUGGCCGCCGGUUCCUCAGCCACCUUACCCCCUAGCAAAUCCGUGCCGUCCCUGCCUCCACACUCCUCCCUUCUCAAAGCCAAAACCAACGGCGAGAUGACAAACAGCACUCCUGAGCUGGCCACCGCCGGCGCCCCGCUUCACGCAGACCAGGAUGAUCUAGACAUGGAUCUCACUGAGCCCCCUGUAGUGUUUCCCGAGGAAAGAGAAGUAUUUGUAUCACACGCUCCGGCUGUCACAUCCAGGAUAGUCGAGGAGCCCACAAUCUCCCCACUGACAGAGACUCCAGUAGAAGCAGCCGCUGCAGCUCCAUUCACUGCCAACGGAGGAGGCAGAACCCCAUCCCCUGAUACCUUCUCCUUGUCUUUGAAUUUGGAGAUGGGAUCACUGCUGGACGAGUUCAUGUGUGAAUGGGACGAUCGGCGAAACACAGUGGAGGUCCAAGACGGCAAAAUGACGCAAAGAGCACCGACGGAAGAUAAAAACAAGAACUGGGAACUGGGUGCCACCAACAGCAAUGGCGGGUCCGUGUCUUCCUCAUCAACAACAGGUAAUACACCCCGUCCCGGCUCUCUCCAUUUAUCCAGCUCCUCCGGGCCAUCCGAGGGCGCCAAAAUGUCCCGAGGGGGUGUCGCGGCCAUUUUGAGGUCCUCCUCCAAGAAGAAGGCUGCAGCGGGCAGCGCUACGGGCGCGCAGGGGGCAGGGGAAGAGAAUGUGUCACCGUUGCACAAUAUGAUCAUAAAGGAUUCGCCAUCCAAUCCCUCCAAGACAUACAGGCGGGUACCAGCUUCAACUGGUAGUCCGCCCACUGCUUCUGCUGCUGCGGGUGCUACAGGUGAACAGAGUGACUCACCGGAUGAUAGCUGCAGAAGAAGCGAAGGGUCAGAGGUCAGAUUGAGGGUCAACUUGAACAGGACCAACAGUCUCCAGGAUAAGAAAGACGAGAUGAAUUUUGUGAGGUUGUCGACGUCGCCACCUUCCAUAGCAGAGAAUGACUACAUAGACACCAGCUCUCUGGUCAAAUCCAAUCCUAAUUCCCCAGCAGUGGAAGGCUUGCCAUCGCAUCCGCCGUUUGUCACAUCAAUGUCGACUUCCUCUUCGUCUUCUUCAGAGAGGACUUCCAGUCCUCUAUCUAUGAAUUUGAGUCAGAAGGUAUCUUCUGGAGACUUCUCCAGCCCUAAUGAGUAUGAGGAACUAUCAGAUGCUACAUCAGCAGCUCCAGAAGAUGUUGUUCACCCCAUGCCAACAAAAUCUGAUUUUGUUGUUCGAGAUCUUCCAAAUAGAGAGGUUGGUCGAAGCAAGAGUAUGCGAGUCCCCAUGUCCCAUCCGGCUGUGGAAGAUCUGCACGCUAAAAGGAGGGGGCAGUUUGGUCGUAGCCGCAGCCUGAAGGAAACGGCUGCCUCGGCCCGUGCCGAAGAAGUCUAUGCAAAGUUGAUUGGAGGGCGGAUUAGUGGAUCACCCACGCUGCCACCAAGAGGGACCCCAAGCCCACUUGUUUCUUCAUCGCCACGGGUCGUGGGCUCUGCAGGAAAAUCCAAGAAUCCAUUUUUGGACACAAGUGCUAGUCCGACCGCCAGCCCAUCACGGAGGCAGAGAUCCGUCUUGGAAAGGAUGAGUUCAGUGGAGAGUUCAGAUGGGAGCAAGGAUGGGUGGCGAAACAGCACCUCAGACAGAGAUUCCAGGGAGCUUCAGUUUGGUCCUGGAGAUCCAUUAGACGAAGGUGCUGAGGUCUUACGUAACAAAACAGAGGUUACUGUUGGUGUGAAAGCUUUACGCAGCAGGUUUGAUGCGCCGUCGCCACCUCCAAGACAAACACCCCCAAGCGCUAGCCCCAAAAAGCCCCCGCCGCCUAAAGUCCCCCCUCGGGGUCCACGCUCACAGAAAACCCCCCAGUCCAGCGUGGUAAAAACCACAGCUAAUAUAGUAUUGUGCAGUCCCACUGGGAUAACCCACUCCCCAAAAGGGUUGAACAAUAACUAUUCCCCGGAGGGGGACAAUGUCUUCGGCAGUCCGGAGGGUCAAUCUACCGCCGAUGUGAAACUGAGUCCCAGGAUGCUGCAGAGCCUGGAGAAAAACAUGCCCAGGCGAGUGAGACGAUCCAUCGGGGAGGCACGCAUCAAGCGCCGAGGCUCAAGUGACGUCAGCGACUCGGACAAUGAACCCAGCUUUGUCAAGCAUCAAUCGGGUGACUUCUCAUCGCGAACUGUGGAAGGGGACAGUUCCUCGGACGAGACUGCCGGCAAGUUUGUCGGGAGAGAGAGUAGCAUCGGCUUUGGAGUAACCUCGGCAAACCCUCUGCCAGAUCUACCUGAAGACCAGACUAACAGAAACAAAGCCAAGCUCCCCCACCCCCUAUCUCUACCACCACGAGUACCCUCCUCGCAUCCUCAGACCCGCCACAGCAUGCCGGCAAGGUCCUCUGGAAUCCCCACCGACCGAGCAACGUCUUGGGCCAGCAACGAGGUGGAGCGAGUGGACCUUGCUGACUUUGCCAUGACACCCCCUCAGAGCCCCACCCGUGCCCCUUACGCAGACAGUGACAGCGAUGAGGAGCAAGAUGAGAGAUACGCGCCACCACCAUCCCGCCGAAGCAUCACUGGAGCCUUAAAAUCCGGUACCCAAAGUGGCAGGAACCCAAUGACACGCGGUCACACCGUAGACGUUCCUAUCGUCCCACAUCGACAUUCCACUAACCCAUUCGUUACUUCCCAAGAAAACACACGGCCCCCUCUCCUCACCAGCCAGUCACUGGAUGGAGGGAGGGGAAGAGCUGACGGGAUGGAAGAUUUCGUCAGGGCUUCCCCAGAAGACUUCCGUCGAUUGAUCCGACAAGAGUCUGCCUCCAAGACGCUUCCAUCACAAAACGAAGAAGCCAGCGAUGACGAUGAUUCAAAGGAUUAUGUUUUCUGCAAGUUUGAAAAUGAUGAUCUCAGCGACAUGCCAAGUAGGCUUCCACCAGCACCUCCUGUCCCGGUAUCCCAGCACAAACUCUCCACACCCCAGUCCAGUCUUGAUGUUAAAAUUCCAGCUUACCAGGGAGAUAUAAACUCCACACCACCUUCCAAGCCAAAGGAACUCAUUCGGGAAGUUGAAUACGAGAUAAUGAAUCCACAGCGAAACUCUGCAUUCUUCAGUGAAGUGGAGCAGGUCAGCCAGUCGAUGCCAGCUUCCCAGAAGACCAUACCGCUGACUGAACGGGAACUCCCGCCGUUGCCACCGCUCCCAGGCACCCAGGUGAGUCCCCUGAUUCGCAGUCGCAGCGCCCACUCUUUCAGUGUGUCCAACAAGAUCCCGAGCUCCGAGCAGCUGAGAGGCCGUCGGGGAACUUUGGCCUCUGCUAGCCGAUCAGAAACCCUCAAGGAGAUUGAUGACAGGCAAGGAACCAGGAGCUUGGACCGGUUGCAGAGGAAAUCAAGGAGCUCAGAGGGACUCCCAGAGGAUGAGUCUGGACUGAAGGAGGCCGAAAGCUUGACGGAUGUCCUGGCUCGCACCUAUAAUUCACCUCCAGUUCCAGUUGGCUCCAGUAACUACAUCCACCCACCUCCCAAAAACAACACCCUGCAGCAGAGAGUCCAGCCACCGAUGGUCCAUCCCCAGAGACCCAAGGAACCCCCACCUCCAGCAGCGGUCAACAACUACCACAUGCCGCGGCCGCUGCCUCAUCGCCCCUCGGAGGACUACAUUGACAUGUCCCACAAGAGGCCAAGUCUGAGCAAGCCGGCAGGGGCAGGGCCACAGAAGGAGCAGGACAUGAUGCCACCUGACGGAGGACCUCAGAAGGCCUUGGAUGUUCAAGCGGUGCGGAAAGCGCUGCCUGAUGAGAUUACCGUUGACGAGUGCACUCAAGUCCUGAGAGGAAACCUUUGGAAUGUCGCGCUGACCAUCAAAAUCCUGAAAAUCCGCUACCUGACCCGGACCCUGCUCCUGGAUGACGGCACUUGCCGCCAGGCUCUGGAGGAGUGCAACUGGGACCUUGGAAUGGCCACGGCGAUUAUUGGGCAAGCUGAUGAGAGCAGCAUCAGCUUGUGAGAAGGACCCGUUAAGAUGGAUUUGAACCCUGGACUUGGGAAUGGUUACAGCAAUUAUUGGGCAAGCUCUUGAGAGCAGUACCAGCUUGUGAGAAGGAUGCGUAAAGCUUGAUUCGAACUUGGACUUGGGAAUGGUUACUGCAAUUAUUGGGGGAGCUCGGGAGAGCAGCAUCAGUUUGUGAGGAUGGUACUUACAGGGAUUUGAAUUGGACCUUAGUACGGCAAUUUGAAUUAUUGGGCAAGCUUCUGAGUGUAGCAUUAGUUGCAAGGAGUUCUUGGAGGAUUCGAACCUGGACCUGGAGAGAGAACGUCAAUGAAGGACUCCAACUUGGACAUGGAGCAAAAGCAUCUUAUGAGAAGGAUCAUCAAUGGAGGAACUUGGGAUUCAAUUUUGGAGCUUGGUAUGACAAUAAUGUAUACUGGGGAACCCUUAGAGCAACAAGAAUGAUUGCUUUUCAUCAUCGUUUGACAUCAUUAUCAUCGUUGUCUUCACGAUGGGAGGUAACGAGAGUUGUCCUGGUAAGAGAAUGUAAAAAUUAAAACAAAUUAACAAGUUUUUCCUUACCUUCAUCAUCAUCUUCAAUAAGCGAGGUCCCCAGAGUGAGAUUUGGGCAAAACAAAAAAUCCCAUUGUUGAGAGUCACAAGAAAUAAAACAAUCAUUUGUAUUUAAAACUUUUAGCAAGAAAGGGAAGUUAAGACUUACGUGUAUUAACAGGAAAGAAAGAUGGCACUUGAUGUUACAUGUACGUGUAGAUCAUUUUGUAUUUUUCUGAAGUCACGUGUUAGUAUACAUGCAAUGGACCGAUCCUUUAACCCUAACGAUCCCCAACCAGCCAAACUCCAACACCAGGGUUUGCUUGACUCUGUUAGGAUGAGUACUGCACUGGUAAUACUGACUGUGCUUUACAAGGGAUUAGGCACACCACAAAUAAACAGAGUCCAACUGUUUAUGUGCACAGAUUACCAUGUGGUGUUGGGAUUUGCAAGGAUGAGGAAGGUUCCUAGUAAAUCACUCUAGGGAGUUAGGGUUAAGCCCCGCCCAAUGGUGUAUCGACCAAUCACAGUCAUGAUUACUGUCCGUCAUGCAUGCACAAGAGAGUAGCAUGAGCGCACACGCGUGUGAUGCGCAUGGCUGGAGCGUGCAGUACUGCAUUGGAACGGAUCAUGUGUUCUUGCUCAUAUGUGGGCGGGGCUUAUUGGUAGUUUAGUAGAGGUCUGUGACAACUUCUCUGUAUGGAAAACUGUUACUUUCUAUGUGGAAAUUGACCUUAUUCAUGAGGAAGCCAUUUUAGAUCAUGUUCCCUGACUCUAUUAUAUAAAUUGUAAACUGUUGAAUGGGAUGGUGCCAGACUAUUUUAUGACAGGAGUGCGUGCCAAGCCUCACUUCCCUUUUUUUUGUAAUGUGGUUUAAAACGUAAGGGUAUAUUUAAAUCACAAAUUUGAAAUUAUUCAUCAGAGCAGACUGGUAUUAAUUUGUAAUGAACUUUUAUUCAUUGCUUUCAUUUCUACUCGCAAGUUCCAAAAAAUGAAGAGUUUACCUCGCUUUCAAUUUAAAAUGGGCAUUUCAUGAAUAAAGUCUGUUGUUGUUGGUAUUGUGAGGAAGCACAUGACUGAGCUCAGUGGCCACAAUAACUAAGGAAGGAUAACUUGUUUAUUUGGGGACCAAUACAAAAAAAAAAUAACUGCAGAUAUUUUGUGUGUGCUAAGCUGCAGGUGUCUUUCUUAUAUUCUUUUGAAGGCUAAAUUACUAAAGUGAGGCAUACUGGUUAAUCUUAGGCUGGUGCCCGUUUUCCAACUUAACAUUAUUGCUUAGUGUGCCUUCAGGAAACUAUACCAAGAUGGCUGCAGCCUGUGGUGUAUUAUCCAUCAAGAUUUUGGCCAUGUUAUAAGCUCCGUAAUGUGUACUAUUUAUUAGUUUUUGAAGGAACACAAUCUUUGUACUGCACGCUGAGUUUUCAAUCAUUUAUUUUUCUUGAAACUAUGCAAAGUAGUCUUGCCAAGUUGAAUUUGCAGUUCUUGAUCCAAAAAUAAAAGUGAGUGGAAUCUGUGGUAACUUUGGCCUCAAAAAUCUUUCAUUUAACUUUCCGUGAAUACAAAUGGAAUUUACUUUCUCAUUAUCUUGAUGUACGAUCACUAGUUUGAACAAUUUGAGUGCCAGACCAUGUAUUGUUUUAAUACUUUUGAAAAUGUACUUCUCAAAAAAAUCACACUUCAAGCCAUACUAUUGCUAUUGAUUGAAAGAAAAUAAAUUUCAUUUCUGGUUUAUUAAGUAUUUUUUUAAUUCUUGAGUAAUACAUAUAAUGUACUUGUACCUUCGAAUCUCAAGCAGUAGUAUUUGCUGAAGCAAUUUGCAUACCUGUAUAUUAUAAUAACUGAAGCAAAUGUAUUCCUUUUGUAAAGCAUGCUUUUGAUUAAAAUGUGUGUUUGGCAUUUUUGGCAAAUAAUAUUUAAAGAUGACAAGUAAUACUGUGCAAGAAAGUGACGUGCUAGAUAUGGUGUAAUUUAUUAAUUGGGAUAUACUCUUGGGACAAUUUUUCUUUCAAAUAUGAGAUUUUUUUAUUGAACUUUAUCCAACAUUUGACCCCGAUUUUCUCUAAGGAAAUUCUGUGUAUUCAAGCCUAUACAUAGCAUUGUACAAUCUGGUUAUUAAUGUGCAAAUGCUGGAUUUAAGAGAUGUUAUGCUAUGUAAUCUUUGAACAUUUUGAAAAGGUACAAACUUUACUCCUUGUAUUGGGCUGUCUGUUAUGUGAACUUCAUUCAAGUCUGAAACCAAUAUUUCUAUUUAUGGAACAAUGCCUUACAUAUAGCAAGCUUGGUCACUUAUCCCAUAUCUUACAUCAGCAUAGAUGAAGGCAGACUUGAACCAAGGCUACCACUGAUUGUUUCAUGAACAAGUGUAUACAAAUAUAAUAACCAGCUUCAAAUUUGUUUUUAAUUGUGUAUGAAAAACUAUAUAUUAUAGUCCCAAAUUGCAAGAUCUUGUUUUUAAUGUGUAAGUAAUUCUUUGUUUAUAUUUUUCAAUUGGUGUUCUUUCUCAAUGGUAACUGUACAUGUCAGCUUAACAAAAUUUGGUGAACAGGGUUAAACUAGGAUUAACUAACAUAUUCAUAAACUUGUACUUGUAUAGUCUUUGGUAACAACUAACUCUAACAACUUUACAAAUUUCUUACUAAAUGAUAAAAGUUUAUGACAAGUGUACUUCCGUUUCUGUUUUGUUAUCCAAAAGUAAGAGCAUUUUGCAGACAAGAAAAACAACCAAAAAUCCAGUUUCUUUGAUUGGGGGAAGCAAACCAAUCAUUUUAAUUAGGUACAUGUAUCAUACAAAGUUUGUGUGAAUCACUUAUGAAUACAGUUGGAAAAUUUUAGGAACAAAAUUUACAAUGUGACAAAAUAAAGAAGUCAUGUCGUGUAAAUUUUUCUGAUGAUUUGAACAGUUUUGAUCAGAAUUUACACCCUAAUUUACUUAUUGUCAGGAUCUUGACUUGAACUUUGUUUUUGAAAUAUUGCCAAGACUUUAAAAUCUUAUUUCCCGGGAAUUCAUUGUAGGCCUACAUUGUGUUUUUACUCAAUAUCCUGUACAAAUGUGGUGAUUUAUCCAGAAAUUGGGAUGAUAGUGAACAAACUUUGGUUUAGGCUAUUUUAUAUUGGCAAGAACAUUUUAAGGACAUUCAAUGUUAAAAAAAACCUGGGAAUUGUGCUUUGUCAAACAUUUUUCUUCUUUGACUCCCUUAUUUGCCAAAAGAGGGCGCCCUUUCUUUUUGCAUCGACAUAUAAGUUUAGUUCGGUAGUCUAGUUCAGUACUGGUGUAUUGAUCCCACAAAGGGGGCAGGCAUACUAUGUAUGAAACCGUGUUAAUAUGCUUUGUUUUCUAAUAACUGUGUAACAUACUGUACAUGCGUAAUCUUAACCAAUUUUUCAUAUUAAAUAUUGAACGGAAAACUUGCUUGAAA